UGUGUGCUGUACUUGUGGGCCUUGAAAAUCCUUUACCCCAAAACACUGUUUUUACUUCGUGGGAAUCAUGAAUGUAGACAUUUAACAGAGUAUUUCACAUUUAAGCAAGAAUGUAAAAUCAAAUAUUCAGAACGUGUAUAUGAUGCCUGCAUGGAUGCCUUUGACUGCCUUCCCUUGGCUGCUCUGAUGAACCAACAAUUCCUGUGUGUACACGGUGGCUUGUCUCCAGAGAUCAACACCCUAGAUGACAUCAGAAAAUUAGAUCGAUUCAAGGAACCACCUGCAUACGGACCUAUGUGUGACAUCCUGUGGUCAGACCCGCUGGAGGACUUUGGGAACGAGAAGACUCAGGAACACUUUACUCACAACACAGUCAGGGGGUGCUCGUACUUCUACAGUUACCCUGCUGUAUGUGAAUUCCUACAGCACAAUAACUUGUUAUCUAUACUCCGAGCCCACGAAGCCCAGGAUGCCGGAUAUCGUAUGUACAGGAAAAGCCAAACAACAGGCUUCCCUUCACUAAUCACAAUUUUUUCAGCACCAAACUAUCUAGAUGUAUACAAUAACAAAGCCGCAGUAUUGAAAUAUGAGAACAACGUUAUGAAUAUCAGACAGUUCAACUGCUCCCCUCAUCCGUACUGGCUUCCAAAUUUCAUGGAUGUGUUUACCUGGUCCUUGCCAUUUGUGGGUGAGAAAGUGACAGAGAUGCUGGUAAAUGUGCUGAACAUCUGCUCGGAUGAUGAACUGGGGACAGAGGAAGAUGGGUUUGAUGGAGCAACAGCUGCUGCUCGGAAGGAGGUUAUAAGGAACAAGAUAAGAGCAAUAGGAAAAAUGGCUAGAGUUUUCUCAGUGUUAAGAGAAGAGAGUGAAAGUGUGCUGACGCUGAAAGGUUUGACUCCAACAGGAAUGCUGCCUAGUGGUGUGCUCUCUGGAGGAAAACAAACACUGCAAAGCGCUACUGUUGAGGCUAUUGAGGCUGAUGAAGCUAUCAAAGGAUUUUCACCCCAGCAUAAGAUCACUAGCUUCGAAGAGGCCAAAGGCUUAGAUCGAAUUAAUGAGCGAAUGCCUCCGCGCAGAGACGUGCCAUCCGAUGCCAACCUUAACUCCAUCAACAAGGCAAUCUCCACAGAGACUAAUGGCACGGACAGCAACGGCAGUAAUAGCAGCAAUAUCCAGUGACCACUGUCUGGGAAAGGGGGGGGUUAAGCUGCAGGGCGCGCGAUGGGGUUGCUGCACAUCAGCAGUGGGAUGUUCUUGCCUCUGAUAAUAGCUUACUUGCUCUGGGGGCCAGGUGUUGGAUUCAGUUUACAAAAAUCAUCUACGAAGAGAUCGUCAACUUUAAUUUGGUGGGAGGGGGAGGGUGGGGGAGAGACACCUCCUUUGGAUAUGCCUUUAAAAUGCUUGUAGAAAAAUGGAAGCUCAUGCUGGUAUAUAUUGCAAAGUUAGGGGAAUGAACAUGUUUUCCUACUGCAUUGGGAACGUCUAGGUAUGUUACUGAAAGGCCUUUUAUUAUGUUACUGGACAUGAAAACUUUGUUUAAUUUCUUACUAACUAUUGUACGUUUACAGUUGCAGCACUAAACAUGGACAACAUCGAAACAUUUUUAAUGAAAUGUACAAACUAAAUAAGGACUAUUUAUUGAUAAUGUUUUGCUACUCUUGUCAGACAAUGGCUAUGAGAUAAAUUAGGCAGUCUUUAAAAAUAUAGAAAAAAAAAGAAAAAAAUAAGAAUGUUGGAAAUUUGUUUAAAAUGCCAAAAAUUAAAAAAAAAUAGAAAGAGAGAGAGAGUGAGAGAGAGAGAGAGAGAGAGACAGUUUAAUUUUGUACAGAUUAUGCUUACCUCAGGUUUCUUUAGUGUGCUUCAAUGCCCUUCUUUAAAUAUAACACUUAUCUUACUAAUUUGGCAGCAAUUAUCCUUUUCUUUGUUUAAAAAAAACUGGAAUAAUGAUAACAUUUAUCUUUUUUUGCUGUUUAUAUUUAGGGGGGUUUGGUUUGGGGGGUUUUCUGGGUUUUUUUGGUAAAUCAAGUCUUGGUUGUGGCUUGCUGAAUUUAAAUAUUUAUGAGUGGUGCAUUUUUAAGUAUAGUGAACAAGACACCAUAUUAAGUGCAGUGAAAAGCAUCUAUAUUCUGUAAAAAUCUGCCUAUGCAUGUUUUUUAAGAAAAAAUGGCUGUAUAGGCCUGUAUGGGACUGUAAUGCGCUUAGUGGUCUGACUUAUACUGGAAAUGUAUGUAUACUGGCGUACUUUAUAUUCUCUAAAGAAAAAUGCUUAAUGCCUUUGAAAUUUUGUAAUCAAAAAAAAAGCUUUGAAAAAUCUAAGGGGAGAGUAUUCUUAAAAGUUUUUAACAUAAGCUUGUCAGUGCACAUAUAGAUGGGUAGCAUGUUUAGCAAACCUUGUGAAAUUUAAAUAAGUUUGUAGUUACAUGUGAAAUUCUAAAUGCAUGAUAACUGUUAAUGUCAUAAUGGUUUAGUCAUUUUGUUCUGUUCUGUCAUGUGCCACAAAAUGUGUAAUUUUUUCACUUUUUUCCCUUUGUAUAUCAGUUACGGGUUUCAACUGGUUCAUUCGAAAAAAGAAAAAGAAACAAAACAAAACAGUCCAUUGAUAUUUUUUAACAAUUGUAUAAGUGCCCAAGUAAUUCACUACAGCCUACAGCCUUGCCUUUGUAAUUUGACUUCGAAAUGUUGGCAAUCAAAGCAUGCACUUGUAACAAUGAAAGAAGCAUUUUAUAUUACUACUCAAUAAAAAUGUGCAUGAACUUAA